AUGCAAGACGACCUCGAUGAGGCAGCUUUUAAAGCUACAAAGGCACGAAGAAGGACCUCUCGAGACCCUAGGCCUGUCGCAACAGCUGAUUCGGACCUUUGGCACGCUCGCCUCGGUCACCCUGGCCCUCAAGCACUCGAAAUGCUUGGCCAACGAAAGGGUAUUCGCAUUAAGGGCCCAAGGACCGUUGAGUGCGAACCAUGCGCCCAAGGAAGGGCCUAUAGACAGGUCUCAAGGCGAACCCCGAAUAAGGAUCGAAGUCAUCCUUGCGAAGAAAUCUGGAUCGACUGGACCGACCUAUCCCCUGAUUAUAAGGGAUUCGUUCGAGUGAUGUUCAUAACAGACGCCUAUUCAGGCAUGAUUUUCCCCUACUUUCUCCGGACCUAUCAAAACAAACACAACUGGGGGGCACUUAGGGACUUCGUUAGCUGGAUGAAGCUUCGAUUUGACUAUAGUGUAAAGACCAUUCGUUCAGACGGAGAACUCUUUACUAAGGCAACUAAGAAGUGGCUUCGAAAGAAGGGUAUCUCAGCAGAACCCUCGUCCCCAAACACCCAAUCCCAGAAUGGAGGUGCCGAGAGAUCAGGAGGUGCCCUAAUGGAGAGGGCCGCAAGAUGA